AGGAGGAGCAGGAAUGCAGGUGACACCUUCAGUUGAGGGUUUUAGUGUCAUUUCUAUUUGAGCAACUCCACUGGCUCAGCACCUGUGACUUUUGGACUUUUUAGCGUGAGGAUUAAAGGAUUGUCUUGUUUCCCGGUCUCUGUGUGUCCUCCUUUGACUAGAGCAUCUGUAAUGAUUCCUGUAAAAGUGAGCCUUCUCUUGGCUUUACAUCAUGGUGUUCUCCUCUUUCUAACACGAUGCUGUGAAGGUCAGUCUCACAUGAUUGGUCCAACUGAGCCAGUAGUGGCAAUGAUUGGUGAUGACAUCAUUUUGCCAUGCCACCUGGAACCUGCUGUGGAUGCUGUUAAACUGACAGUGGAAUGGUCCAGAAAUGACCUCAAACCUAGAUUUGUCUAUCUGAGGCGAGAUGGUGUGGAGCUGCUGACUGAGCAGAACAUAUUGUACACAAAAAGAACAUCACUCUCUGUCAGCAAACUGCAGUGUGGAGACAUUUCAGUGAAACUCUCCACAGUGAAACUCUCAGAUGCAGGAACGUAUAAAUGCCUUGUACCCACAUAUAGUGCAGAAUCUGUGGUGGAGCUAACUGUAGGUUCUGUUUCCUCACCACUCAUUGAACUCUCCACAGUCAAAGAUAAAGUUGUGUUAGAGUGUAAAUCUAAUGGCUGGUAUCCAGAGCCUCAGCUGUUGUGGCUGAACAGUGAGGGCAAACUCAUUUCUGCUGAACCUACAAAGACUGUCAGAGGUUCUGAUGGUCUCUAUACUGUCAGCAGCAAAGUGUCUGUGGAGAAAGGACACAGCUACAGCUUCACCUGCAGAGUCCAACAGAAGAAUAUCAGCCAAAUCAAAGAGGCACACAUCCAUGUUUCAGAUGAUCUCUUUAUGGUCCAGUCUGAUACUACUGUUCACAUUACCAUCAACUUGGUUGUUUGUUUAAUAUCAGCUGGAAUAUUAACUUCCAUAUUAUUUAUAAUAUGGAGGCAAGAACAAAAUAAAACUGAUGAAAGAGAGAUGAGGAAGGAGGAGCAUUCACAGAGAGAAGCUGAGGAAAAGAACAGACUUGGUGAUGAGUUGAAGAACCUCGAGGAAGACUUGAAACAUGUCCAGGAGAAUAUUAAAACACAGAAUGAGAAGAAGGAACAUCUGAAGAAGCAGAGAGACAAAAUCAACUCACUACUGCAGGAGGACAAAGCAGAGAUUAAAGCGAUCACAAAUGACUUGGAGAAUUUCUCAAUAUUUACAAACAAGAAGGUGCUUGAAAAAUCACGAGAUGACUUGAAGCCAAGAAUCAAAGAACAUUAUGAACUGUUACUGAUUACAGACAAACUAUUAGAGGCAACAGAGGAGAUUAUACUCCAAAUGACAGAAAGGAGAGUAAAGCUAGAAAAGGACACAGGAAAAAUUCCUAAACACUUGACGGACAAACAGAAAAAGAAGAAAAAAACAGCUGAGUUGAACAAAUCAGAAGAGGGAAACAAUGAAGUAAUGUCUGAGAAUACAGAAUGAUUUUUUUUUUAAUUUAUUCAAUCUGUUGCUAAAAUCACAAUAUUCACCAACUGCC